GAAGGAAAAAUCAAAAGAGGGAAAGCACGCUAGACCAUGCGAGCUAAAUUUGUGAUCGCUGAAAAUCGGGAUGUUGGAUUGAUGCAGAAGACUGACCCAAUUGAAAAGAAAAGUUUCAUCUCACAAGUUUGGAACAGAGGGCCCGUGGGGAAAAAUGGCCGAAGGAGGGGCUGGUAAAGGUGGUGGAAACGAUCCAGAAAAACUGACUAAACAAGGGGCAGAUGAAGAUUGUCGGGUUCUGCAUGGGGCAGGCCAUUGUAAGUGGUUCAACGUUCGUAUGGGAUUCGGAUUUAUUUCCAUGACUAACCGGGAAGGAAGCCCAUUGGAGACCCCAGUAGAUGUCUUCGUGCACCAAAGCAAACUUUUCAUGGAAGGAUUCCGGAGCCUAAAAGAGGGAGAGUUGGUAGAAUUCACGUUUAAAAAAUCUUCCAAAGGUUUAGAAUCAUUACGGGUAACGGGUCCAGGAGGCAGCCCCUGUGUUGGUAGUGAAAGGCGACCGAAAGGGAAGAUUGUGCAAAAAAGAAAACCAAAGGGAGACAGAUGCUACAACUGUGGUGGUCUUGAUCACCAUGCUAAGGAAUGCAACUUACCACCUCAGCCAAAGAAGUGCCAUUACUGUCAAAGCAUCACUCACAUGGUAGCCAACUGCCCUCAUAAAACUCUUACGCAGCUGCCCAGUACUUCUCAGGGAAGAUAUGAAGCAGAGUCUGUGCCGUCAAGUUCAGCAUUCCUGAGAGAAGGUGUCUAUUCUGCCUCACCAUUUCACCUGGAAGGAAGACUGGAGGGCUUGGAACGAUCUGGGCGCCCUUCUCAAGAAGCUUCAACAAGUAAGCCUUCAUCUUCUUUGGAAGAUCCCAACAGGAAAGGGCCUUCUGUCCAGAAAAGAAAAAAAACUUAAUUUUUUCUGAAAAUACACAUCUUUUUACCAACUUUGGAUAUACAUACCACAUCUACCUCAUACUUGAAAAAGUACAGGGGAAGUAA